UGAAAUCAUAACUGAAAAGUAUUCUUUCAGAUUUUAUAAUAAGAAGCAAAAGGAAGUAUUAUUUAAUAAAAAAUAACGGUGAUAACACUGUAGAACUUUCAGUGCAAAAAUGAACUCGUUAAAUUGCCGCACACACCACUGUAUCGCCUGCCUUUUCAAACAACUUGCGCUCAUCAUAAUAUUCAACUCGCUGUCACAGUCAUAUCUACCGCCAACAACAAGUACAUCACCACAAAUUGCAACAACAAUAACGCCAACUGUGAGCGCACAGCAACUGGACACUUCCGCUUGCAACGACGCGCGCUGUGAAUGCACCGGUUCUAUGGUACAAUGUUUCAUAAAUGGUGUUUUUAUAGAUAUCUACAGCUACGCGGCAGUGACAGAUUACACGAGGAUCAAUAUAAGAUGCGAGGAGAAUACAACCGUUCAGGAAAUAGAGGAAGCGCAGUUCCCUUACCGCUUAGGGGUUAAUGAGGCAUAUUUUGAAUUAGAGGAUUGCGCGAUAUUGCCGGAAAUAUUGAGGCGCGCAAAUAUAAACUACGGAGGUUUUAUCAGAUUCGACGGCGCUUUACCUGUGCCUGUGAGCUUUUUACAGAAGGCGGUUGGCUUGCAACAGUUGCAGGUUCGUUUGAUAGUUAAAAGCAACGCAUUGGACUUAUUGCCCUCAACAUUUUUUCACAACCAAAGCGCAUUGAAAGAGCUCCAGUUAUUCUUGUAUUGUGAGCCUUAUGAGAUAACACUACCAUCGCAAAUAUUCCAUACGCUCUACGGGCUGGAGGUGCUUUUAGUGAGCGUUAAUAACGAUUACAAUCCAAAAUAUAAAACGGUGCUGAAUAAUAUGACAGCGGAACAUUUUCGUGAUACAUCGAAAUUGCGUAAAUUAGACUUGAGAGGUAAUUACAUGCAAACAUUACCAAGUGAACUAUUUGUCACGCUAACCGAGUUAAACGAAUUGACUUUAUCAAGGAAUGAUUUGGCGGCGCUGCCAAGGGGUUUACUGCACGCGCAAAGUACACUGAUCCUUCUAGAUCUUUCUGAAAAUCUGUUGCAGGCGCUACCACCUGGCAUCUUUGAUACGACUCCACUUUUAUGGAAGCUUGAUUUGAGAGAAAAUCAAUUUAGUGUUCCUACAAAUAUUAUUGCUGCUGUCCAACCAUUGCGAUAUCUCUACAGACUAUUUUUGAGUGACAAUUACUUUACGCACAUUACGGGGGUUGGCGAGUUUGAAAAUUAUACAUUACUCUCGCGUCAGCAAAUUAGAGAAAUUAGUGCUGCGCCGGCUUAUUUUCAACGCUAUUUGGAGCCGCUGUCGAGUGAAUGGGAACCGUAUAAUAUGACUUUAAUCGAUCUAAGUUAUAAUCGCAUUGAAGCAUUUCAUUUAAGUGAGAUCAGUGCUGCUGGCGUAAGAUGUCCAUAUGAGCUCUAUUUCAGCAAUAAUCAAAUAAAGCAUAUAUACGCAUUAAAUCAUUUACCGCAAAAUGUUGGGAUGUGUACGCGUAAAAUAUUAUUAAAGCACAAUCCUCUACAGUGCGAUUGCACCAUAACUUGGAUCUACAGCACAGAAAUCUUUAUGGAUGCUUAUAAGAGGUGUGCCAGACGCGACGGCCAAACUCUUAAAUAUUUGUAUGAAAAUGGCGCUAUUUGUGCCUGGAGGCCCAGGUUUUGUCCAACCGCCUGCGAUUGUCAUUAUGACUCGCAAACGCUGCACAUCAACUGUACACGCGCAAAUUUGGAGAGCCUUACGGAGCUGCCGCGCCCAGAGCAGGUUUCUUUGACACACAGUACGCUUGAUAUUUCGCACAAUCUCUUUUUCGAAUUACCUCCGAAUGUGACCUUCGGUUAUGCCAAUGUAACGCGCUUGUAUGCGGCACACAAUCGCCUGAAGGAUGUACAAAGUGCGCACUUGCCGCCGCAAUUGGAAAUGCUUGAUGUGCGCAACAAUAGUUUAGAGCGCUUGAGCGACAGUUUCAUACAAUACUUUCUCAAUGAGAGCGCCACUUUGCAGCAACUAUAUCUCUCUGAGAAUCCAUGGCAUUGCGACUGUGGCGCUGAGCAGACGCUGAACGCCGUGCGUACGCAUCGUAAGCGCAUAUCCGAUGUGGCGCUCUUGGCUUGUGCUAAUCUAGAGAAUACCAGCUUGCUGCAAGCGCGCUACGAAGAUGUAUGUGUGUCUGAAUCAAUGCGCUUGGCGUGGCUACUUUUCAGCAUAUCACUGGUAAUCAUUGUGUUCAUUAGCCUAUUGGCGCUUUAUUAUAAAUAUAAUUUGGAGAUUCAUGUGUGGCUGUACGCACACGGAAUAUUUCUCUGUUGUACAAGCGAACAUGAACUGGACAAGGACAAAACAUUCGAUGCAUUCAUAUCGUAUGCCCAUCAGGACGCACGUUUUGUAAAUGACAUUCUAUUGCCUGGUCUCGAGCAGGGUGAGCCACAAUUUAGCGUGUGCACGCAUGAGCGCAAUUGGCUGGCGGGCGCUUACAUACCUGAACAAAUUAUUGAGUCAGUCGCUCAAUCACGUCGUACGAUUAUUGUCCUCUCACAAGACUUCAUCGAGUCGGAUUGGGCGCGCAUGGAAUUUCGUACGGCGCAUCAGUGCGCCUUAAAUGAGCGACGUUCGCGCAUAAUUCUAUUAAAGUACGGUGAGCUUACCGACUUGACGAAGCUCGAUAAGGAGUUACGCGCCUAUUUGACUAUGAACACCUAUUUGGAGUGGGUAGAUCAUCCAUGGUUUUGGAAUAAGCUGCGUUAUGCAAUGCCACAUCGCAAGGGAGAGGUGCGCAGCGCUGGUAUGCUUGAGUUGAAUAAUCAUCGGAGAGUGUAUGUAAUUGGCGAGGUGGAACGGAAUACGUUGCGCGAACGAGAUGAAUAGUAUUUGUUGCAAUAUAGUUCAUAUCAAUGCCAUAAAAAUUGUGUAAAAGCAUGCUAUCAUUUUAUUAUUUUAAUAUAUAAUUUAUAGUUAAUAUAUUCAAUAAAUGUUUGAAUAUUUAUA